AUCCAGCCAAGAUGCGCAGUCUCAGAUGUUUGUAAUUUGAUGUUUAUGUUUUCCGAAAAUUAAGGAGGAUUCAGAGGCAAACGAAGUUCAGGUUUAAUGACCAUGACGACCAACAAUAAUUAAUCAGCAAGAUUACUUGCCAGAAUAAAGAUCAAUAGUAUGAAAGUCUCUUCUUAAAAUCAUGGGAGUGCUGCAGCCAACACAAGAUGCAGAACUUAUUAACAGGAAAGCAUCCAAAAAGGGGAAAACUGAUAAAGAUUUGCUGAAACGCAAUAAGAUCACUGAAUCUGAACCAGAUACUGAAAAGAGAGAAAUGGAGACUGACAGCAAGCGCCCAACUCAAAAUCCGACUGAAUUAAACCUUCAGCCUGUUAAAUUUCAGUGCCAAAUAAGCUUCCAAUUCGAUUUGGCAUCUCUUAUUUGCCUCGUCGUUGGAAUUGCUACAAGGUUCUACAACCUCACUCAGCCUCACAGUAUUGUGUUUGACGAGCUACACUACGGGAAAUAUGUCAGUUUAUACAUGAAAAGGACGUUUUUCUUUGACUCGCAACCGCCGCUCGGCAAACAGCUGAUUGCCCUGGCCGCUUACAUUGGUGGAUACACUGGCGAUUUCAAAUUCGUCGCCAUCGGAGCUGCUUAUCCAGAAAACUUCCCUCUCUUUGCCGUGAGGUUCAUUCCCGCACUGUGCGGCGCCUUGCUACCAGUGUCCGUCUACUACCUGCUCCUCCAGCUUGGACUGAAGCAACUCACAGCAGCCACAGCAGCAUUCCUCAUUCUUUUCGACAAUGCGCUAUUGACCCAAUCGAGGUUCAUUUUAAUGGAGCCCAUGCUGCUGCUGUUCAGCGUGUUUGGACUUUACUGUUUACUAAAGUUCAUUCGCUGCCGUGAAUCUCCUUAUACGUUCGCCUGGUUCGCUUGGCUGAUUGUCGGCCUAUUUUCCCUCACUGCUGCUGUCUGUAUUAAAUUCGUUGGACUGUGCUCGUUGCUGUUGGGAUUCUAUGUCGUGUGGAGAGACAUGUGGAGUCUGGUUGCCAACAAGAAUCUCAGUAUUUGGUCGCUCGUGAGCCAAGCCCUUGUCAGAGCGGUCGUUCUUUUCGCUGUUCCGGUUGCGCUCUACCUGAGUCUGUUCCACGUCCACCUUUCGAUCCUCAACAAGGCCGGCCCUCACGACAGCGUGAUGACUUCGGCAUUCCAAGCAAGUCUAGAGGGAGGUCUUGCGUCAAUCACCAAAGGCCAGCCACUGCAAAUCGCCCACGGCUCGCAAAUCACGCUGCGCCACUCGCAUGGACGGACAUGCUGGAUGCACUCGCAUGCGGCGGUUUAUCCAGUUCGAUAUCCGGACAAGAGAGGUUCCAGCCAUCAGCAACAGGUCACGUGCUACAGUUUCAAGGACGUGAACAACUGGUGGAUUGUGAAAAGACCAAGCAGAUCUGACCUGGCUGUCAGCCGGCCAAUUGACGCUAUAAAAGACGGAGAUAUCAUUCAACUGGUGCACGGAAUGACGAGUCGAGCGUUGAAUUCCCAUGACGUUGCGGCCCCAGUAUCUCCUCAAAAUCAGGAGGUGUCCUGCUACAUUGAUUACAACAUUUCCAUGCCUGCUCAGAACUUGUGGAGGGUGGAUAUUAUUAAUAAAGAUCAGGUUGGCGAUGUCUGGCACACAAUCGAGAGCAUGGUUCGUUUGGUCCACGUCAAUACCUCACAAGCGCUCAAGUUCAGCGGGAAGCAGCUGCCUGAUUGGGGCUUCAAUCAGCACGAAAUUGUCACGGACCGAGUUGUGAUCCAAGACGAUACAGUUUGGAAUGUCGAGGAGCAUCGAUACACAAAGAGUGACGAUCAGAAAGAAAGAGAGCGAGAUAUGGUUCAUGCUGAAAUGAUACCCACUCGACCGACGACACUGUCGUUCUGGGACAAAAUCGUCGAGCUGCACAUGAAAAUGCUGUUUUCUUCAAGUGACACUCUGCAAGAUCACAUGUAUUCCAGCCAGCCCCUGGAUUGGCCGCUGCUGAGCAGAGGUAUUGCUUACUGGGUCAACACCACAACAAAUGCGCAAGUCCACCUCAUAGGAAACGUUGCCAUUUGGUACUCGGGGACGAUUGCUAUCUUUUCUUACUGCGUACUUUUGGUCUGGUAUUUGUGCCGAAUGAGAAGGAAAAUUUAUGAUAUCAGCGCUGACGAGUGGGCUAGAUUUGAUCUUGUGCUGGAAAUAGCGCUAUUUGGAUACGGAAUCAACAUGCUUCCAUACUUUUGUGUGGAAAGAACCCUCUUUCUUCAUCACUACCUGCCAGCCUUGGUUUUUAAAAUCGUCUUGCUGGCUGCGUUUACCGAGCAUGCUUUGACCGUGGCAAGAUCCUGCCGAUGGAGUAACUUAAUUUAUUGGCCGCUUCAAAUUCUGUUUGCUAGUUGGCUGUUGAUGAUUCUCUACGUAUUUGUUCAAUUUGCACCUCUUUCGUACGGCUGCAGUUCUUUUACUGUUCAGCAACUUCUUAGUUUGAGGUGGAGAGACUCUUGGGAUUUUAUCAUGCAGCGUAGUGCCCUUGAUGUCGAUAUGUUAUUAUGAACUUGGUUGGGGAUCAGUAAUCUCAGAAAUGACAAUUAUAUUUCUCUUUUAUAAUUUGCAGCUAUAUAAAAUAUGGUUAUGUGCCGAAUUUUAUUAAAUAUAGAAGUCGCUUUUAUUU